GUGGUGGUGGUGGUGGUGCCGGUGACAGCAGAAGCACAACGGGGCCAAACUUAUAAUAUACACAUAUAUACAUAUUAACCUACGAAAGAACGCGCUGCUAUACACCAACCACCAGCCUUCAGGAGGUGCCAUCGACAGCACCAGCUGACUCUCCGUGUGUCCGUGUGUGGGUGUGUGUGUGUGUGCGCGCGCGUGUGUGUGUGUAUUAAAUCCUACGCACACUAUUGAAAAUAUUAAAAGUAAGAGCUCUCGGUGCAUCAUCAGCAGCAAGGGUGCAGUUGAGAGUUGAGAGUGAGAGAGAGAGAGAGAGAGCUGCUCUUGGCAGCAGAGCAGAAGACGGCCGGCAGCGCUGCUCCUCCCUCGCUGCUGCAACAGCUGCAGCAACAUCAUCGUCAGCGGAUAGCCCGCAGAGUAGCAGAAGCACCAGCAGCACUGAAGGAAUAACAGUAUAGGGCAGCAGCAGCAGCACGUCGUGUGUGCUCGUUGUUGUGCGGACAGCAGUAGCAGCGGCAGCAGAAGCAGCAAAAGUAGCUGAGCUCGCGGCAAAGUCAUGGCGACCAUCGACGGUCGACCGGCCCAGUAUGGGCUUAGCCUUAAGCAGCUCCGCGAGCUCAUGGAGCUCCGGGGCCGCGAGGCUGUCAACAAAGUCAACGAGUACGGUGGCGUACAGGAGAUCUGCAAGAAGCUCUACACCUCGCCCAGCGAAGGUCUCAGCGGAGCAACACAAGACAUGCAGCACAGGCGAGACACUUUUGGUUCAAAUAUGAUUCCUCCAAAACCACCAAAGACCUUUUUAACGCUGGUGUGGGAAGCACUUCAAGAUGUGACGUUAAUUAUCCUAGAAAUUGCUGCCCUGGUAUCACUCGGCCUCAGCUUUUACCAUCCUAGUGAUGAAGAUGCAGAGCCUAGUCCUGAAGAUGAAGAAACACAGUAUGGCUGGAUUGAAGGUUUAGCUAUCCUGAUUUCGGUUAUUGUUGUUGUCGUGGUUACUGCCUUCAAUGAUUAUUCCAAAGAAAGGCAAUUUCGUGGUCUGCAAAACAGGAUAGAGGGAGAGCACAAGUUCUCUGUCAUCAGGCAAGGCGAGGUCAAACAGAUAUCUGUCUCCGAUAUUAUUGUCGGUGAUAUAUGUCAAAUAAAAUAUGGUGACCUGCUGCCAGCUGAUGGUAUCCUUAUUCAAAGCAAUGAUCUCAAAGUAGAUGAGUCCAGUUUAACUGGAGAAUCUGAUCAUGUGAAGAAAGGAGAAUCCUUUGAUCCAAUGGUACUUUCAGGAACUCACGUCAUGGAAGGUUCGGGCAAGAUGCUGGUCAGUGCCGUGGGUGUGAAUUCUCAGGCGGGUAUAAUCUUCACUCUUUUGGGUGCAGCUGUUGAUCAGCAGGAACAAGAGAUCAAAAAGAUGAAGAAAGAGGCUAAAAAGCAGCGGAAGAAGAAGUCGCUAUCAGGCGACGAGGCCGGCGAGAUAACGAGCAACAGCCAUGCGCCGAAACAGCACUCGGUCGACGGAGAGAACCAUCACGGUGGCGGUAAGUCCAGCGAGGAGGGUGGCAAGAAGGACAAGAGCGUGCUCCAGGCCAAGCUGACGAAGCUGGCGAUUCAGAUCGGUUACGCGGGCUCGACGAUCGCCGUCCUCACUGUUAUGAUCCUGAUAAUCAAGUUCUGCACGAAAACGUAUUACAUCGAGGGCAAGGAGUGGCAUCCGUCGCACAUGAACGACCUGGUGCGUCAUUUCAUCAUCGGUGUGACGGUGCUCGUGGUCGCGGUGCCGGAAGGCUUGCCGCUCGCGGUUACUCUCUCGCUCGCCUACUCGGUCAAGAAGAUGAUGAAGGAUAACAACCUGGUGCGGCACCUCGACGCUUGCGAGACGAUGGGCAACGCCACUGCCAUCUGUUCGGACAAGACGGGCACGCUCACGACCAACCGGAUGACUGUCGUACAGUCGUAUGUCUGCGAGAAGUUGAGCAAGUCGGUGCCGAAUUUUUCCGACAUACCGAGCCACGUUGGCAACCUGCUGGUCCAGGCCAUAUCCAUCAACUCGGCGUUCACGUCGCGCAUAAUGCCCGGGCAGGACCCGACCGACCUGCCACUCCAGGUCGGCAACAAAACCGAAUGUGCCUUACUUGGAUUCGUGGUCAACCUGGGCAAGAGUUAUCAGACAGUGCGCGACGAUAACCCCGAGGAGACAUUCACGCGAGUCUACACGUUCAACAGCGUCCGCAAGAGCAUGUCCACCGUCAUCCCAAGGCAGGGCGGUGGCUAUCGGCUCUUCACCAAGGGCGCCUCCGAAAUCAUCAUGAAGAAAUGUGCCUUUAUUUACGGUCGCGACGGUAACUUGGAAAAAUUCACCCGUGACAUGCAGGAUCGGCUGGUCAAGAACGUGAUCGAGCCGAUGGCGUGCGACGGGUUGCGUACGAUUUCCAUCGCCUACCGGGAUUUUGUACCAGGCAAGGCCGAGAUCAAUCAGGUCCACGUGGACGGCGAGCCCAAUUGGGAAGAUGAGGAAAAUAUCGUUGCCAAUCUGACCUGCCUGGGCAUCGUGGGUAUCGAGGAUCCGGUGAGGCCCGAGGUGCCCGACGCCAUCCGCCGCUGCCAGAAGGCCGGUAUCACCGUGCGUAUGGUCACUGGUGACAACGUCAAUACUGCCAGGUCGAUCGCUAUGAAGUGCGGCAUCCUCAAACCCAAUGAAGACUUCCUGAUCCUCGAGGGUAAAGAAUUCAACACUCGCAUUCGCGAUUCGCAGGGUGAGGUGCAGCAGCAUCUAUUGGACAAGGUCUGGCCGAAGUUGCGCGUCUUGGCGCGCUCCUCGCCCACGGACAAGUAUGUCCUUGUCAAAGGUAUCAUCGAAAGCAAAGCCACGGCUAACCACGAGGUCGUGGCCGUCACCGGUGACGGCACUAACGACGGACCCGCCCUCAAGAAGGCCGACGUUGGCUUCGCUAUGGGUAUAGCUGGUACCGAUGUCGCGAAAGAAGCUUCGGACAUCAUCCUCACGGACGACAACUUCUCAUCAAUCGUUAAGGCCGUCAUGUGGGGUAGGAAUGUGUACGACAGCAUCGCCAAAUUUCUGCAGUUCCAGCUCACGGUGAACGUCGUCGCCGUUGUUGUAGCCUUUAUUGGCGCCUGCGCGGUGCAGGACUCGCCUCUCAGAGCCGUGCAGAUGUUGUGGGUGAACUUGAUUAUGGACACGUUAGCCUCGCUCGCGCUAGCCACAGAAAUGCCCACGCCGGACUUAUUGCUGAGGAAACCCUACGGCAGAACGAAACCCCUCAUCUCCAAGACAAUGAUGAAGAACAUACUCGGUCAGGCGAUUUACCAGUUGACCAUCAUUUUUAUGCUUCUCUUUGUUGGGGACAAACUGCUCAACAUUCCCUCUGGCCGAGGAGUUACCUCCGAGCCCACUCAACAUUACACCAUUAUCUUUAAUACAUUUGUCAUGAUGACGCUGUUCAACGAAUUCAAUGCCAGAAAAAUUCACGGCCAGCGAAACGUCUUCCAGGGAAUAUUUACCAACCCCAUCUUCUAUUCCAUUUGGAUCGGUACCUGCUUGUCGCAAGUAUUUAUCAUCCAGUAUGGUAAGAUGGCGUUUAGCACAAAAGCUUUGACAUUAGAACAGUGGAUGUGGUGUCUAUUGUUUGGGAUCGGCACUCUGCUGUGGGGCCAAGUUGUCACGACGAUUCCUACACGCAAGAUACCCAAGAUCUUUUCAUGGGGCCGCGGCCAGCCGGACGAUAUCGGCGCUAUCAAUUUGGGAGACGAGAAAUUCGACCCAGACUCGGAUAAAAAGCCUCGUGCCGGACAAAUUCUGUGGAUCCGUGGUCUGACACGACUGCAGACUCAGCUUCGGGUUAUCCGAGCGUUCAGAUCAACUCUGGAAGACCUAGAGGAGCGUCGCUCCGUCCAUAGUUUGCACAGCUUACACAGUAUGCGCAGCUCGCGCAGCCACACCGGGCCCCGUCCCCUAUCAGACUUCACGUACAUUGACGAGGAUCCGAAAUCGGCGGCGGCGGCGGCAGCCAAAAAGCUCAAAAACUCAACCACUCAGCCCAACAACGCCGAACACGACGGAGCCCGAGGGGCAGCGUCUCCUCUUCUGCUGCACGUGCCUGGCACCGGCAAUCAUCACCACCCGCACCAUCAACACCACUCGCACCACCAUCACCACCACCAAAACCAACAGCAGCAGCAGCAGCAGCAGCAGCAGCAGCAGCAGAACAACGGGAGACAGCAGCACGAAGACGCGAACAACGUUAGCUCCCUCAAAUCAAACGCCAAUAAUCUCCCGGAACUGCCCAAAGUAGUCCACGAGACUUGUAUCUAAGCUAAAGAGCGACUCUCUGAUGUAUACUCGUUCGUCUUUCUCCCCUGGCCCAACGUGUGGCCCCUCUUCCCCCGCCCCCUUCUUUUCAAUGUACAUUGUAUCCGUGCCUAUAAAUAAUCACUACUCUGCAACCAAAACUUUCUCCACGCCAAUCUUUGCCAUGUACUGCUACACCCUGUUUUCUACUACAAAAGCUCGGUAGUGGGUUACUUUGAAUUUUCGGGAAGCUCCGAAGAAACGAAAUUUAGUCGUGCCCUCGCAGCAUUUUCUAGGUCUUUUUUCUUUCACCCACCAUCUCUGUCUAUACCAUCUGGUUCUGUCUGUUUCUGUCGUUACUAUUGUGGGCUGAUGGUGCUAUUACCGUCAUCGUUUGUUAUACAUAACUUACUCUAUCUGUCUGCCUCUCUUUUUCUUUGUCCAUUCAUUCUCUGAGUUACUCGUUUCACUUGCCUGUCAACUGUUGUAUUAUCUAUUCGUUAAAAAAAAAAAAAAAAAAAAAAAAA